AUGACUGGGUUCAUGAGGAACCCAGAUUUGCUUUGGGUUCGUGACGAACCCAGAGCAGAUCCGGGUUCGUCGCGAACCCAAGUCUGCUCUGCUCUGCUCUGGUUCGCUGCUCUACUCUGCUCUGGUUCGUUGCUCUGCUCUGGGUUCGACGCGAACCCAGGUUUGCUCUGGGUUUGUCGCGAACCCAGAUCUCUUCUGGGUUCGUCGCAAACCCAUUUCUUUGUUGCCAUAGAUUAGGAAGAUGUAUGCUAACUCUCUCAUUCAUGGUGAUUCACACAUGCUUUUUGCAGAGGAUAGAAUAAGGUAAAGUAGAUUUAUGGAGGAACAGUGACAUUUCUUCUGAAAUUUUAUGUUGCUUUUAAUUGUGGAGUACUGAAUGAAAGAGGAUGAAAGAGGCAUUCUGAGUUCAUGACGAACCCAGAUCGUCUCUGGGUUCCUCAUGAACCCAAUCAUGCCCAAGAAGGGGAUGAGGGGAGGGGAGAAGAGAAACAGUGACAACCAAAGGAAAAAUGGCUGAAAACAGUGGCGGUGGGAAAGAGAACAAAGAGAGCACAGAGGAGAACGAUGGAAAGAAGAAUAGAUUAAGGGCAUUUUA